AUGUCAGCUCAGACACCACAAGUAUUGUCUAGACGGGCAAAUGGGGGUUCCCAAGCAUCAGCGAAUCAGAAUUCUGAAUCAACAAAGGGCAAGUGGCCGCAAGAGAAUAGUUCUCAUGGAAAGGGCAGGGGAAGAGGUUCUAAUGCGAGAUCUGCCGAGACGAACAAGCCUACAAAUGAAGGCGAGACUCCCAAGCCCACCAAAACUAAAGCGCAUAAUGAGGGUGAGAAACUCACGAUACGCCGUUUGCCUCCUGGAAUGACGGAGGCAGAAUUCACAUCCAUACUCGGAAGCGAGUGGGAGGUGGGCAAAGGCAAGGUUGAUUGGUUUUGUUUCGCAGAAGGAAAGAUCUCUACAGACCCCUCAAAACCUUCUCGGCCAGGUCGUGCUUACGUUCAUGUCAUGAGAAAGGAUGAUAUCCUGCCACUGAGCGAAGCAGUACGGAAUGCCGUCUGGGAAGAUGCAAAGGUUUCAUUCAACAGCCCGUCCCUGAUCGGACCCCCGGUACUUGACUUUGCCAUUUAUAAGAAGGUCCCAAGCGCUAAAAAACGAACUGAUGCACGUCAAGGGACCAUCGACCAAGAUCCUGAUUUCAUGGCUUUCUUAGAAGAACUUGCAAACCCAACACCACCAAAGGAAACCGUUGACGGCGAAGAGGGUGACGAUCUUGGAAAGGCAGAGAAUAAAGUUACGACGACACCACUUAUCGAAUAUCUCAAGGAAAAAAAGGCAAAGAAUGUUAAGGAUGGCACGUCUUCUAAACACUCUAAGCACGGGCAAGGAGAGUCGAGAAGUGGAAAGGGUAAGAGUACGUCUAAGGAGGAUGAAUCCGGAAAGAAGAGAGGCAAAGAUUCCAAACCCGACAAAGCAGACAGGAUGCCCAAGGAGACUGUUAAGAUUCUUACUAAGAAGGCAGCUUCCGAACAGAGUGUGGACAGUCCGAAAGCCAACUCCAAAAGCCAAGCCAACGACGCCAGCGCUCAGGAGGCAGCGCCCAAGAGCCGACGCGCGGGAAUUUUGGCUGCUGCGAGGAUCCUACAACGAGACCUUGGCCUCAGUCCUGGAAGUGCGCACAGGAAAGCACGCCAAGACGCUGCCAAAGCAGAUGUCGAUGCGAAGACGACACCAGAAAAGGAAAAACCAGCCCCCACAGAUGCUAAAGCUAGCAAUUCUGAGCCCCCAGCUUCGCCAGUCAGAGCGAACGAGGCUGAAGCCCCGGUUGCAAAGGGCAGAGGCGCCGCUGGGAACUCCAACAAACAGCAACAACCGAACCGCAGAACGCGUGGUGGUAAGAACGCAGACAAGAACAAGGAAAGGGAUAAUGAGAAGGACAACACCAGAGAGAAGGAUAAGAGCAAAGGGGGGCAUUCAGGACAAAACCAAGCCGCGCCCAGUCCCCCGAUUGUUCUUCUCAAGAAGAAGGGCAACGAAGCUGAAUCUAGUCAGCCAGCGAAACCAGCGGCCAGCACACCUCAGCCACCGACCACUCAGGGAGGUAGAUCGAAAGCCGACAAUACAGCUGGUAGCCCCAAAGGUGCUUCUAACAAGGGAGCCAGCGCCCAGAAGAAGGCCCCUGCUGUUUCUCCUGGUGCUACUCGUGGCUUCGUCAAGCAUGCCAACCCUUCUCAGGGAGUCACCGAGGCACUACUCAAGCAGACACUUUCGACAUUCGGAACUAUCACUUUCGUUGAGAUCGACAAGCGCAAAGGCUUUGCCUAUGUUGACUUUGCUGAGCACGACGGUCUCGUAAAGGCCGUCACAGCAAGCCCCAUUACCGUGGCACAGGGCACUGUUCAAGUUCUGGAACGCAAGGAUAAAAAGCCUACCAAUGUGAACGCGCCUACACCUACGCCUACGACAACACCGGCUGCUGGAUCCCCUGCGACAGAGAAGACAUCUGGCAGAGGUAGACGUGGGCGAGGUGGAGGCAGCAAGGCAAAGGACUCUGGCGGUAGUAACCAGGGCGCUACUGCCGCCAACUCCAAUUCCAACCCAACGAAUGGCGGCGGCUGA